GGCGGCGCUGUGAAAUAAAGGGAGUGGGAGCGGAGGGGUUCAGAAGUAGAGCCGCUCCACUUUGAUUGGAGGAAGUACUACAUCAACAAAGAAAGAUGGCCGAAGUGAUUGAGCUGCAAAAACUCAAGCUUGCUGAACUGAGGCAGGAGUGCGAGGCCCGAGGUCUGGACACCAAGGGAAACAAAGGAGAGCUCAUUGCCCGACUGCAAGCCUAUCUGGAGGAGCACGAGGAAGAUGUGGAUGUAGAUGAGGUGCUGGCAGAGGAUACAGAGGACUUUCCUAAAGUUGAGAGUGCCAACGAUGUAAAAGACGAGAAGGAUUCCGAGUCUACUGAGUGCGAGCCACCUGCUGAUAAGAAGGUGGUGAAAAUAGCUCCUCCGUCAUCUUCUGGUGAAAGACUACAAAAAAGAGCUGAACGUUUCAACCUGCCUGCAACAGCAGAGAGCAAAAAGGCCAUACGUGCAGCAAGGUUUGGUGAAUCCACAGAGAAUACCAGUCCCGCUCCAGGCGCCGUUGCCAACAGCAAAGCUCCUGUGAACGUCGAUCAGCUGAAGAAGAGAGCAGAACGAUUUGGCAUGAAUGUUUCGUCCGUUUCACAAAAGAUUGAGGAGGAUGAAAAGCUGAAAAAGAGGAAGGAGAGGUUUGGGGUCACAGCAGCUGCAGGCGUAGCUGUUUCAGCCGAUGUCGAGGCAAAGAAAAUGAAGCGGGCUGAAAGAUUUGGAAAGAGUGAAUAAUGUUUUUAGAGCCUGUAUUUUUUUUUUUUUUUGUAAAGCAUUUUCAUUACUGCACAACACAGAGAUCCCUGAAUAUGACACAUGUCACUAAUGGGAUUCCUGUAAAUCAAAAGUAUAAUUAAAUGCAAAGAUAAAUGGGUCA